AUGCCAGCUCUUCCGAUUCUUAAACUUCCGAUCAUCGUUUUGAUGAAAAUUCUGAGAACAAUCGAUAUUGACACAGUAUUCCCCAUCUCAUUAUGCUCUCGUAAAAUGUAUCACCUCGUUAAAAACUUUCGAGAUAAAACAAUUCCACUCAAACUCAGAAUUGACGGGGAAGAUUCGAGAGUAGAGGUAGUGAACAAUUACUACCACGGCGUUUACGUGAUGUCUAUAGAAAAAGAAAAGUCUGGAAAUCUCGAACGAGUGAAUAUCAGUGAUCACCUGGUACCCAUUGAUCGUUCUAGAAAACACCACCAUGUCUGGGAAACCUAUUGGGAUGAUAAGAUGAAGGGACUACAAUCAGUAAUGGAGUAUCUAUCGGAUCUUUUUGAAAUUAAGAAAGUUACUACAAUUUUUGUAUCCCCGGAUACAAUGAAAUUCCUAAAUGUGCUUAAGGAGAGACAGGGGAAUGAUUAUGAACUCAUUAUAAAUCAAUGCAAUGGAUUAAGUGAAAAAGAAUCUCAUUUCCUUUUGGAGAAUUACCCUGCAAAAAUAUUAAGAAUAGCGGGAUUACCGGACAACUUUCCAAUCGGAAAAUACCUUCAAACUAUCGACACACUAUGUGUUGGCUCAAAAGUAUCGAUCACUCUCGACGAUCUACUUAACAUGAACUGUGUGGAUCUAUUAUUAUCGAAAAAUCGUUUCACUAGCACUGAAAUCAAACGGAUCCUUCAGCAUUGGGCUAUCGGAGGGUUCCCUCGACUCAAGUAUCUCAGUUUAUGGGUUUCAGACUUGAAUAUAGAAGACGUAUUUGGAGAGUUGACUCACACUCGGAUGACGGAAAAGAGAGAGUAUAAGUCAAAGAGUGUACUUUCCACCACUUUCAAUGAUCGAGAUCAUCUCAUUACCCGGAAUGAUGGUGUCGUCGCUUCUUUUCAAUAUGACAAACAAUACAGAAGAGUUCAAUUUGGUGUCUGGCCGGAUUCGGAGGGAAAUGAAUACUAA